GAGCCCGGCGGAGGCGGCGGCCCCUCCCCGCCCGACGGCCACGCCCGCGCGGAUUGGCCGCUCCCCGACGGCGGGGCGGGGCGGGACGGGCCGGGGCAGAGCUCGCGGCCAGGUGAGGCGCCCCGCCCCUCGGCGGCUCCAGGUGCGGCUGUGGGACCUCGGACCGUGGCGGGGCCGGGGCCGGGGCCGGGGCCGGGGCGCCAUGGCCGAGUCCCAGCUGAACUGCCUGGACGAGACGCACGUGAACGAGAAGGUGACCGAGGCGCAGGCCGCCUUCUACUACUGCGAGCGGCGGCGGGCCGCGCUGGAGGCGCUGCUGGGCGGCGGCGAGCAGGCCUACCGCGAGCGGCUCAAGGAGGAGCAGCUGCGGGACUUCCUCUCCAGCCCGGAGCGCCAGGCCCUGCGGGCCGCCUGGAGCCCCUACGAGGACGCCGUCCCCGCCGCCAACGCCCGGGGCAAGAGCAAGGCCAAGGCCAAGGCCCCCGCGCCGGCGCCGGCUGAGUCCGGCGAGUCCCUGGCCUACUGGCCCGACCGUUCCGACACCGAGGUGCCUCCUCUGGACCUGGGCUGGACGGACACUGGUUUCUACCGCGGCGUGAGCCGGGUCACGCUCUUCACCCACCCGCCCAAGGACGAGAAGGCGCCGCACCUUAAGCAGGUGGUCAGGCAGAUGAUCCAACAGGCCCAGAAGGUCAUUGCUGUGGUCAUGGACCUCUUCACUGAUGGUGAUAUCUUUCAAGACAUUGUGGAUGCUGCCUGCAAGCGCCGGGUCCCAGUGUACAUCAUCCUGGACGAGGCAGGAGUGAAGUAUUUCCUGGAGAUGUGUCAGGACCUGCAGCUCACUGACUUCCGGAUUCGGAACAUCCGUGUCCGCUCUGUGACAGGCGUCGGCUUCUACAUGCCCAUGGGGAGGAUCAAGGGGACCCUGUCAUCAAGGUUCCUGAUGGUGGAUGGUGACAAAGUGGCCACUGGAUCUUACAGGUUCACCUGGAGUUCCUCCCAUGUGGACAGAAACCUCCUCCUGCUCCUGACAGGGCAGAACGUGGAGCCCUUUGACACGGAGUUCCGGGAGCUGUACGCCAUCUCCGAGGAGGUGGACUUGUACCGGCAGCUGAGCCUGGCGGGCAGGGUUGGCCUCCAUUACUCCUCCACUGUGGCUCGAAAGCUUAUCAACCCCAAGUACGCCUUGGUGUCAGGCUGCCGCCACCCGCCUGGGGAGAUGAUGCGCUGGGCUGCCCGGCAACAGCGGGAGGCGGGCGGCAACCCGGAGGGGCAGGAGGAGGGCGCCAGCGGUGGCGAGUCGGCCCGGCGCCUGGAGAGCUUCCUGAAAGACCUGGUUACAGUGGAGCAGGUGCUGCCCCCCGUGGAGCCCAUCCCCUUGGGAGAGCUGAGCCGGAAGGACGGUAGGAUGGUCUCUCACACGCACAGAGACCUGAAGCCCAAAUCCCGAGAGGCACCCAGCCGAAAUGGCAUGGGAGAAGCGGCCCGGGGGGAGGCCGCCCCUGCCAGGCGCUUCAGCAGCAGGCUCUUCAGUCGCCGAGCCAAGAGGCCUGCGGCGCCCAAUGGCAUGGCCAGCUCUGUCUCCACCGAGACCUUCUCUGAAGUGGAGUUUCUGACGGGGAAGAGGCCCAACGAGAAUUCCAGUGCUGACAUCUCAGGUAAAACAAGUCCCAGUUCUGCCAAGCCUAGCAACUGUGUGAUUUCCUGAGCUGCGGGAUGGUGGUGGGCAGGACGUGUGGAUGCCUGCCUGCCCUGCCCUGUGCCGUGGAGAGCGCAGGUCGCACACUGCACCAGUUUGCACAUCAGACGCCAACUGGCCUUCUGCCCUGCAGCCUCCGUCCUGGCCUCAGGGACGCUGGAUCCCAAAUGAGAGGGUCCGAAGCAUCUCAGUCACACGCCUCCACCGGACUGUCGGUGGCUGGGCGGGGGUCAGUGCCACGGCCUCCUUGUUUACAUGAAGUGGAAGCUUGA